AUGCUGUUUAAUCUGUCUUUUACUUCGUUGCUCGUCGGCCUGUUUGCCAUCCAAACCGCCUUUGCAGCGGUGGUCCAACCCCUCGAAGUGCGCGAGACCAGCAACUGCCCUAAACGCCGGUUCAGCAUACAGGCGUCGAGCGGCGUUAACUCCCUGACCGGCUCCAUGAGCUAUUCCGUCAUGUUAGUCGACGAAAAAGACAAACCACAUCCCGAAUUCACAAGUUGUAUCUUCCCUGGUACAAAGUUUCAAUUUGGUGCUGGUUGUAAAUGGUUCGUACCCGGUAGUACGGCGCGCAUCACCAAGGACGGAUAUUGGUGGGAAGUCAAACACGACGGAUUUUUUGCUGGGGCACUGUAUAAGGGUGAUGUUCAUGUUCGCGGAAAUGGCUGCACGAAUACGCAAAAGUGUAAAUCGUCGAGAACACAGCAGUGUGAGCCUAGUCCGGAUGGGAAACAGCCUAACUGCGUUCUGACUACGUAUGUGGAUUAUAUCUUUUGA